AUGCGAGCGGUAGCUCGAGGCCUUCUCAAGCAAUCUCUCCCAAUGGACCGACCCCGUGACGCCCAAGGGGCCGGCGACCAGCAACCUUAUGCCAGUAUACCAUACCCGUACGCUGGCAUACAGGAACUGCCUCCUGGCACCUGGGCCCGAUUUGCUCUUAGACCCCACUGGCGUGUUGUCGUGGAGGGAGACCACGCAGAUGGUCCAGAGUAUGCCCGUCUGGACAAUCAGAGUCCCCUCCCGGCACCUAUCAUCGGAACCCGCGAAGUGGCCCUAGGCCAGUGGUCAGCUCGUAUUAUGCGAAAACCGUAUCCCUAUAUCCGAGAUGGCCGGUACAUUAUAUCAGAUAUGGUGAGAUCCACAGAACACCUCCCACCUGCCAGGGAGCCAAUGCUACGACACGGCGUGACCUGGACUGGUGAUAGUCCCGACCACAAACUCGCAUAG